AUGGCGCCCCACUUUCAUCCGCGCUCCACAACAGCAAGUCAAGACGAUAGCCAGAAAGACUACAGUGACCACAAGAACCUCGGCGACUCGGACACUGAGGGAUGCGAAGCCGAAAGUGAAGACGUAUACGAUCUGCAGCCUGCCGAUCUCUCUUUUUGCGGUACCAGCAUCCAGGGUCACAUUGAGAAGCAAGAUGCCCACUCAUCCACUAGCCGAUCCAACGGCUCCUUUGGACAUCAACUUCGAGUCAUCCUUCAACAGCUCUUAGCUGGACUGCCCACAGGCAGGAUGCAGGACGGGCCCCGAGUGAACUUCACCACAAGAGAUGGCAAGCUCAUCAGGAGCAUUGACACCCAGUCGCCCGCCUUCCACGUCAUGAUUCGGACAGCAAGCACCUAUCUCAAAGGGAACGUACCCAGUCAUGUGGCCAAUGACGGCAAGAAUCGGGUGCCUUGCUUUUCAUUCGAAGAUAGCCUUGACAAACGCCGUUCGAAGCCCGGAAGGAAGCCUAUCUGUGCUCUUCUGUCGUUUGCAGGUGAGCUAAUACCUCCGGCGGUUCCGAAGGACAUCUUCCCACUCCAGCUCAGCCUUAAGAGCGUCUCUUCAGUCCGACUCAGCGGGAAUCACACUGCCCUUCAGUCGACUUGGCAGGCCAACGGCUGUGACUUGCAAAUUUUGAAGUUUUCGGCACAAGAAGAGGGCAAUCCACUUCUGCUCAUUCAUCACGACGACGAUAUCGGGCUUCGCUACUGGCUUUGCGCUUUUGUCCGAGAUGCCUUUGAGCUAACGAUUAUCACAGGUCGAGCUGUUCAGCCCCAGGAGUCUGACUUUGCUCAUACGCUACGUGCCAUCAACGCCGAUUCUCUUGCGGACACCAUUGUCAUAUUGAAGCGCGCCGACUGUCCAUGGGAGCAGAGUCAGCUUCUUCGCCCCACAUGCUGGCUACAGUCAAGGACCACAGGCCUGUAUCUACGAAGACUGAGCAGCACAGCUCGCUCUGCCGAGCCGUGCACCGUUCCUACGACUAGUCCUGGUACGAUAACAGAGGUCGAGCUGGCACAGCCUUUGAGUCACCACCAGGCUCCGCAUGCAGCCUGUGCGAACGGGACACGCCCUUCCACCUCAUCGUCUACUGUGAAGGCGAACAAACGCAAGGCCGUGACACCUCUCGCGCUAGUCUGCACCAAGCGAGCCCGCCACCGAUGUGACUCAACGCCAGCCAGACAGGUCACAGCUGAAGCUGACGCUGCCAGACCUGCCAACAUCGACUGCGCAAAUGUCAUCACGCAAUUUCCAGCCUUAAGCUCAAGCUCAUGUGCAAGACCACGUCGUCGACAAAGCGAGAGCGCUGAGUGA